AUGACAUCGCGAAAGACGCAGCAGGAGAUCGAUAAGACCUUUAAGAAGGUCGCCGAAGGCAUUGCGACAUUUGAGGGCAUAUACGAAAAGAUCAAGAACACCUCGAAUACUGCGCAACGCGACAAGCUUGAGGAGAACCUCAAACGCGAAAUCAAGAAGCUUCAGCGAUUCCGAGAUCAGAUCAAAUCGUGGGCGGCUGGAAAUGAGGUCAAAGACAAAACGCCUCUGCUCGAGCAGCGGAGAGCGAUCGAAACAUGUAUGGAACAGUUCAAAGCCGUCGAGAAGGAGAUGAAAACCAAAGCAUAUUCCAAAGAGGGCCUGUCAGCAGCAUCUCGACUAGAUCCCAAGGAGAAGGAAAAGGCCGAGGCUUGCGAAUUCUUGUCGAGUAUGGUCGACGAGCUACAGCAGAAGAUUGAAGCCAUGGAGGCCGAGGAGGAGUCUCUGCAAGCAUCGUUGAAAAAGGGCAAGAAGGACGUGACCAAAACCAAUCGGCUAGCCGACAUUGCCAGGAUCUCUGAACGGCAUAAGUGGCACGUUAAUAAAUUGGAGUUGCUAUUGCGAUCGCUGCAGAAUGGCAAUGUUGAGACGAGUCAGGUCAUGGAAUUGAAGGACAGCAUAAAGUACUACGUGGAGGAUGGUCACAAUGUGGAUUACUCCGGCGAAGAUGAGACCCUCUAUGAUGAUCUCAAUCUGGGCGAUGAUGAAGCUCAAUUUGGCAUGAACUACGACAAUGAUCGGGUAUCAUCGCAGGAUACACAAUCGAUACAGGAGGAUGAGCAGGAGGCACGAGCAAAAGCAAAAGCCGAUUCAGGGCCACGACGACCGUCCAGCCAGAUGAAGUCUCCCCUGCCUGUUCUUGCGACUCUUCACCCCAACUCUGCUUCAGCGUCGACGCCAAGUAAUAUGAAACCGGCGCCUCCGCCAACUCGUCCGCCAGGAGAAACGUUGAAAUACGCAUCAGCUGCUGCCGCGGCCGCUGCAAGCGACCGGAAUGGUGUCGGCAUUGCCCCCUUACCACCUCCGCCAGGCGCAAGCCCUGCGACCACAGCGGCUUUGCCGGUAUCGAAACCAGGUUCAACGGCUUCUCCAAGCGUCACGUCUGCGCAACCGCUCCCCAAGGCAGCAACCGCGACCGCUGGUGCUGCAGAUGAUUCUAGUGGGCGAGCGCGAAAUAAAUCACCUGCCCCGAAUCAAAAUGCUGCACCUGCCAGCACGGCUCCAGCAGCUUCGAAUGCUACUCCUGCUCCAUCGACACCAGCUGCCGACAAGGGUGAGACUGCUGCUGCGAAGGAGCAACAAGUGACGAAUGGAGCUGCUGCCAGCAAAGAAGAAGGGGGCGCGGAUGAGUCCAUCUAUCACCUACCGCCUGGCUUGCAAGAUUUGAUACAAUCCUUCGAAGCGACGAAGAGCCGGGCCUCGUCCACAUCAACAUCAUCGCCUUCCGUUCAGAGACUCAUGGCGGCGUCGCUGAACACGUGCCCAGAGCCUGGAGAUGCAGAAAAGCCUCGCCAUUACAAGCCACAGAACCCCUACAACACCCCUCUCUACUACCCUCAAGAACCACUACCCAUCUUCGACGACCCUCGCCUCUUCGAGACGGGGAAGAUCGAUACGGACACCUUGUUUUAUAUCUUCUAUUACCGACAGGGCACGUACCAGCAAUAUCUGGCAGCCAAGGCGCUGAAGAACCAGAGUUGGCGCUUCCACAAGCAAUACCAAACCUGGUUCCAGCGACAUGAGGAGCCCAAGACGAUCACAGAGGAGUUCGAGCAGGGGACGUAUCGGUUCUUUGAUUACGAGAGUACCUGGAUGAAUCGGCGCAAGGCGGACUUCAAAUUUGUCUACAAGUAUCUUGAGGACGAACUUUGA